AUGUCACGCACUAGAUCCAGCAAAUGCAAAGCUGCCAAGGUCGGUAGAGCAGCCCCUCAGUCCACGGCGAAGGACAGGAGAAAGGACACUAGCAAGGGGUCGCAGCCUCUGUACAUCGCUAGCACGAGCAGAACAAUAGUCGUUUCACUCCAGCAACCAGUGAGGUCGUUCGAAAUCCCCAUCGUUCACGCAGAAGUUCUUAUGGACGAAUCUCUGACGAACGACGACGCUCGGAUCACUUACCGCGAGCCGGAAUUGGUGGACGUCAUCGAUCCAAAAACAAGGCAGUCGUACAAAAUAUGCCGGGUGCCUGUGAUGAAGGGUGGGAGGAUGCGCGGGUACGUACCCCUGCCACAGCGGUACAAAGACGUAUGGCUCGAGCUUUGCUACAAUAUCGUUCUGCACACCAACAUCUGGGAACUUUGGCUACAGGAGGGUAAAAAGACAAUGCAACCAAUCACAGCUCAGAUGGUGAGGAUCUGCCGGCAAAACACUGGAUCGAUGGUUACCCAAUUGAUGCUCGCCAGAAGGCUGGUGGUGCUGCAGUUAGUAAAAUUGGAUUAUAUAACAGAUCCUGGCAAGGAGGACGUUUCCCUUCUAAAUGAGGUCAAAGUCCGGAUGCUCCGGGGCUGGUGGAAUGUGACCUAUGACGAGGCAUUGAUUGAUGGGCCAGAAUACUUGGAUGCCGACCCCAUCAUCCCCCAAAACGAGACAUUUUUUACGCAGGACUUGGCGGUGGAGGAUGAUGGACAUGCAAUGCUGUCGCUCCCACAAGAAAUGGAACUCUGGAUCAACGGACGUGUUCAUGCCAUUCGCGAGACCUUCGAAUCUACGAUCAAACCCCAGGCCUUCAAGGAAUUAGAGGAGCCCAGUGACUUUUUCGAGACCCGUUAUAAGGAUGACGAAGACUUGCCGGAUUGCUGGUAUGAGGGACAUCAUCCUUGUCCGUUCUUCUGGAGCGAAAAGCAAUGGCGGUGGUACAGCGUAGGUCAUGAUUUUUCGGGUACGCCCAUCGCCUUCUUCGAUUUUGCUCUUAGGCGAAGUCCAACAUAUGACAAGGUGGAAGACUUCGAGAAUGACGUGAGGAGCAUAGCCAAUAUUCUUGACGAAGCCGAGUGGGAUGAUUUGAAGCAGGUGGUGAGCAAACUUUGGCUAGGAGAAAGCACCUGGAGGGAAUUCGUCGAGUACUUGAUGCAGGAAUGGCAUCUCGACAAAGAACAAUGCACCAGUUUGGACAGGAAAGAUGAAGGAAAUCCUUUCGACACCUUGGAGGCCAGGCUGAUCUUCCAGGGAUAUAUUCACCGACACAGCACGACGGAGGCAGAUUGGAAUUCGAACGAUCAGAUUCUCUGGCACUCAUUGGGUAGAAUCAGCCCCCAAGAAUAUAAGCCGGUAUGGCAUUGGGUUGGCAAGACCGUCGUUGAGGAUCGCAUCUCUAUCAAGCGUGUGCUGAAGGAGGCUGGUGGUUGGUGGCGCAGAUACCAGCUCCAGACAGAACAAGCUCUGAAGGAAAGCGGCCGUGAAGUAAAACGGCAUGAUGAGGGCAUGCAUGAUGUCCCACAGGAUGAUCCUUCCGGGAGCGCAGUAAAUGGAAUCUAA